UGUUCAUGCAAUGCACGUGUGAAGUAAAGUCAAGCCGUUUAAACACUUGCAGAUUAACAUAUAACGGAAAAUGGGGCUUCUUUCUGCCAUAAAUAUACCUGUUGAUGGACUCAGGCAGCAGCAGGGCAGCGUUGCAGCUCACGUGGAGAGAGAAAACUUCGGAAAUGGAACUCUUUACAUCGCUGAAAGCCAAGUGUCAUGGGUGAACAGUGGGGGUCAAGGGUUCACCAUUCCCUACCCAGCGAUAUCCCUGCAUGCUGUUUCAAAAGAUUUAACAGCGUAUCCGCAUGAGUGUCUAUACUUAAUGAUUGACGCGGCCAUCAUGCCCGAAGUACUAGAGGUUCCAAGAUGUCAAGAUACUGGAGGAUCUGGAGAUAACAACGAAGAAGAAGAAACGGAAGAAGAAGACGACACAAUCAGAGAGAUUAGAUUCAUACCAGAGGAUAAACAAACAUUGGAGCAGUUGUUUACAGUGAUGUCCGAUUGUCAGAUUCUUCAUCCUGACCCGGAUGACUCAGAACCUUCAGAUGGGGACUAUGGUGACGAAUUUGAUGAUGCAGAAGAUGACAUGGGAGAAAUUGCCGAGGUCGAGGAGGGGUCAGGGGUCAGCCAGGUCACAGAUGGAAAUGCCCAGGGGUCACAGGUCGUAGCUACACAGAAUGGACACGCAGACAGCAGUAAAAUCAGGACAGUAGGUGUAUCAGGUCAAGACGAGCCUAUGGAUACCGGGCAGUUUGCAGACGCUGAAAUGGAGCCAGACCACUAGCUACAGCUGGGAUCAAAGCCUCAGCUAUUGCCAAACGUCAGUCCUUUAAAUAACCCUCCUACUAUUGGUCCCAUAAUUCCAGUGAGAUGACCAGCCAUUUUUAACCAUUCAACUGCAUGGUCUCACAGAACUUGUGUUGGGAUGCUAUCACCACAUGAUAUCAUAUUGCAGACUGGCAUUGUAGUCUUUCAUUCAAAACCAUAGUGGAUGAUAUUUAAUGUAAGACGACAGGAGUUAUGACUGCACUGUGUAGAAUACAUUCAACAUGAUAUUGCAGGCUGGCCUAAUUUAUCUAUCAUUUAAAAUCACAAUGGAUGAUGCUGAAUGGACAGACAGUAGGAGGGUUGACUGUGUGGAUGUAUUCAUGUAUGAUAUCAUAUUGAUUGCAGGCAUUGCCAAUCAUUCAAAACCACAGUGGUUGAUAUUGAAUGGUCAGACAGUAGGAGAGUUGACUGUGUAGAUACAUUCACUGCAUGAUAUCAGUGGUUGCUGGCAUUGUGUCGAUCAUUUAAAACCACAGUGAAUGAUAUUAAAGGCAGUGGACACUACUGGUAAUUGUCGAAGACUAGCCUUCACAG